AUGUCAGCAUUACCAAUCAUUGCUGGAUCAGUCGCUUUGUCCCAAGAAGUGAAUUGUCAGAAAGGAUCUCUUGCGGUGCAAGCUCCUUAUUUUGAGGUCAACGACAUUCUCUCAGUGAAGGACCUCAGCUCCAAAUAUGAUUUUGAGAGCAUCCAAGCCAGAGAAUUCCCAACUGAUGCAGUAGAUGGAGAUGUGUUACCAGAUCUCUUGGGAAACAACACUCAAGUUCUCCUGGCGCAAGCAAAUAUCAUUCGUGGCGGUCUUGUCCUGGUUUGUGCAGUGCAUCAUUGUGUAAUGGAUGAAGCGGGAAUAUUCAACUUACUGAAAUUAUGGUCUACCUUUUGUCGCGGAGAGAAUGGUGAUGAAUUGGUGAAUGAAGAAUGGAUAGAAAAUUCUACUCUAUGGCAGGGGGAAGGCACGGGUGUAUUGGAAAACCACCCAGAAUAUAAACUACUGUCAGAGUCUGUAUCUACCACACCAUAUCUUUCACAUGCUUCAGAUGUGGUGGAUACAGGUCUAUUUUUCUUCUCAGACGAUUCUCUGCGGCGCCUGAAAGAGCUCGCUAAUGAGAAUUCUAGUGAUUCAUCAUGGGUCUCUACAAAUGAUGCCUUGGUUGCACUUAUUUGGUCUAGGAUAACCUCGGCACGAAUAGCUACUUCGGAGUCCGUUAUGCCUUGUACAGUAUCUGUGUUUGCCAUGACUGUCAACGGGCGCAGCCGUCUUCUGCCGCCUAUGUCGCCCAACUUCACCGGAAAUGUCGUCUUAAUCUCCAAGUCCAUCAGCAAAUUCUCAGAUCUAACAUCAGAAUCCUCAAUUUCCACAAAUAUUGGGACCAUUGCACGCAUCAUUCGUCAAUCAGUUAGUGAUGUUGGCAAUGCCAAAAUCAGGGAUGUAAUUCAAGCAAUACGAAGUGUGUCAAAUCUCGACAGACUACAACCAAGUGGCUUUGCAUCGAUCAAUGAUGCUGUCUCAUCGAAGCGACCUAAAGCCACGUUAUACCUGAAUCUUCCCAAAGUAGAACUUUUCAACAUUUAUAAGGAGUGGUGCGAACCUUAUUUUUACAUCCGAACACGCCUCUUAAAAUCUCCUAGUGGCCCCCAGGGUACUUCCGGAUGA